UUGGGUAGCAAAAUCCAAAGAGAAAAGGGAAAAAAUGCAACCAAAAGCAAGAAUCUAUGCUGAUCCUUCCUCUGACCUGGAUCAUUUCGACCUCCUACCUGACUCAAUUGUUCUCCUAAUCUUCAAUAAGCUUGCAGAUGUUAGAUCGCUAGGCCGCUGUUCUGCUGUUUCUAAGCGGUUCAAUUCUCUUGUCUUCACGGUCCAUGAUGUCUAUAUUAAGAUUGAUCGUGUGGUCACUGUUGAUGGUGAUUCUGACGAUCCAUUAAGCUCAUCCUCUCCCAGGCAACGGCCCCUUUUUGCCAACCUCAUAAAACUGAUGCUCUCCUCGCUCCUGAAACCCUUCCUGAACCUCCGCAGCAUCAAAGGAAGUAACAAGCCUGUCUUCCCACAGCUCUCCCAUCACUCCCCUGCACAAGUUCUCAAGGACUUCACCCAUGUCCACAACCUCCGGAUUGAACUUCCAUCAGGCGAUGUUGGAACUGAAGAAGGGGUUGUUCUAAAAUGGAGAGCUGAGUUUGGAAGUACUCUCCAGAAAUGUGUGAUCUUAGGAGGUACUAGGGUUGAUCAGAAGCCUGUCUCUUCUGAACUCGAAGCAUCUGUAGAAGACAAUGGAAGCAUUCCUGAAUCAUUCUACACAAAUGGAGGUCUCAAGCUACGUGUUGUCUGGACAAUAAGCUCGCUUAUUGCUGCUUCCACAAGGCAUUAUCUUCUCCGGCCUAUCAUAAGGAACCAUCCAACUUUGAAGAGCUUGGUUUUGACUGACACUGAUGGGCAGGGAACCUUGUGCAUGGGCGAAGAACAGCUCAAGGAGUUUAGGGAGAAGCCACUGGCACCCUUGGGAUCUUCAAACAGGACACAAGUUCCAGCUUCUAACAUGAAGUUAAAAUAUGCGCCCAUCUUGGAACUCCCAGGUGGGAUGGCAUUACAAGGAGCAACACUAGUUUGUAUCAAGCCAUCUUCUGAUGGAGGCAGUGCUGCCAAUACAAGGACUGAAACUGAUGCCUUCAUUUCUGGAGCAUUUGACGGCCCAUUCAAGACCGCAGUGAAGACUCUGAUGAAGCGAAGGACAUACCUUCUGGAAAUGAAUGGUUUCUAGAUGAUUGAACUUUCCCUCUUUCUCCACACUGAUGAAGUAGCAUUUGUAUCCUCUAAACUCUUCCUGAAAGUGCAAAUUGCUAUCUUACCUUAGGUGUGAACUAGUUUGUGUUGUCCUAUGAUGCUUUGCGUCUGUAUAGCAAUAACAACUAUGCAUGUAGAAGUUACAUGAGAUUAAUAUGAAAUAUCUGUUGUAGCUUAUUAUUUC